UGUUGGACAGCAUUUUUACAACAGGAAUAUGGACACGGAACAAUAAGCAUGAGACAGGCCUAUCGCAUCUUUGCUGCCGUGGCGUGGCUACUGGUGGAAAGAAUUGGUGCUGGAUGGGCUUGGUACGUUGCGGUGCCACUCCAAAGUAUCCGAUCCGUCUCGCUGCUCGUCGAGGCGCGAACAAGCACUCCACGGGGAUGUACACCUGUAUUGCAGGGCCACGUCGUACCAACGAACGAACGUAUACUUGGUAGCGUUGACGUUGCCAAGCACAAAGAAAGCGCAAAGACUUUAACAACAUCGGACCGCUGGAUGGAACGAUUUCAACAGCUGUCUCUUUAUCGCGAGGAGCACGGACACUGCCUCGUGCCCAAACGAUACAGAGAGAAUCCUCCACUUGGGAACUGGGUAAAUAAGCAACGCCAAGAAUACCGGAGAUACUGGCAGGGGACUCGGCCCUGUUCUCUCACGUCGGAACGCAUUGAGGUUCUCAAUCAGAUCGGCUUUUGCUGGGAUGCCACCAAUGAAACAGUAUGUCAACUGGAAGAACCUUUCAAUAGUGAUGUCAAAUGGAAGGCGCAAUUUCAUAUGCUCAAAUCGCUAGUCUCAUCCAAACACAACAGCGUUGCAGAAUUAACGUCCGCGACGUGCCCGCCUUCUCUUUGGAACUGGCUUCGUUUACAACGCGAGAGGUACAGCAUCGCGGUUCGUUCUAGUACUCACGAGGAACCGUUGCUGUCACUGUCACAAAUUGAAGAUUUGGCGGCGCUGGAUGGAAACUGGUGGAUGACCCCCAGACAGGUCAGGUGGGAAACUCGAUUCGAAGAAUUGAAAGAGUACCGCGUGACGCACGGUAACUGUUGUGUCCCUAUUUCCUACAAAUCUAAUAAGCCAUUGGCGCACUGGGUGAGCAACCAACGGAAGCAGUAUAAUUUACGCAGCCAAGGCAAGAAGCACGACCUAACUUCCGAUCGCUUGCAGCGGCUGGAGUCGAUUGGGUUUGUUUGGAACCGUUGGGAGUAUGAGUUUGCUACGAAAUAUGUACAAAUGGAUUAGACGAUUCGAAGGAUGUAUUUGGCACAGGGUCGUUGAGAUGCUCCUCUGGACUCUCACAAUAAGCUACCGUUCGUCUACUUACAGUAAAUGUCAAUACAGUAAAAUGAUUGACAUU